ACCUCAGUAUUAUAAUGACAGUGCGUUACGGGGCGGAAGAACAGCGCUGUGGAGAGAACCAUUAUUUGACGGGUUACAUCACAUAACAACAAAAGACUGUCAAGUCACGUUUGCUGCACACACGUCCCAGCAAGGUUGACUGUUUGUGUAAUCCACACCUCUGCGCAGUAGAACCUCGGUGAACGACGUACGAGCCGUUUCACUGCGCGAAGUUCCCUACCCGCACUCUGACGGCAUUACACCGAGUGUGCAUCGCAUCAGCUCGUGAGGACUGGUAAAACCUCGGUCUUUGGCUUGAUCCCUUCACUCACACCUCGCUCUUAGUCGCAGAAUUCUCGUCGUCGCACCAGGGGGAUUACUCGAAGACAUCGUCAUGGUGAAGCCUACGAUCUUACCGGAGGGGCAAAAGAAGGAGGCCGUCAAAGACGAUAAAGGGACGGCGGCCUCUCUGCCUGCGUUCGCCGUUAUCCCGCUGGGGUCUGAUCUUCCGCCCAAGAGUGAUGACGUCAGCGUGGAAGCCGCUCCCAUCGCUGUGGUCAACCGACCGCGCAAACUCGGCGUCUGCCUCUGCGUGACCAUGCUGCUGACGCUGCUUCUCAUCGUCGGAUUGGCUGUCGCCAUGUUCCUUGGCCGCGCCUCUGGAAAGUAUCAAUAUUGGUGUGGAGUUGGCUACGGAGACAAUCCAGAGAAAUAUUACCAGGGAGGUAACGAGGGCAACGUGCUUGAGGAGGACAUCGAAGUCAACCCGUUCGAAGGUUACGAGCAGAUCGAAAUACCCGAACAAGACUACUGCGAGAGACUGACUAUUCUCCACGACUUCACUGUGAAUCUGACCGCAUACAGGCUCCGUCUUUCUAGCGUUUGCUACGUCACGGUUCUGGACAAAGGCAUCGUGAUGGGACCCGAAGAGUUCAUUGAGCGUGCAGAGGAGAACCCGGAGUUUUUGUCCGACCACUACGAUACCGUGCAGGAGACCUACCGCGCCGUGCUACCGGAAAUCUCGUCCAGCGAAAUGCACGGCGGCACCCUGGGCUACUACAUUCCGCUGCUCUGCGACAGCGUGGAGUCCUACUGGAUCGAGAAGAUCCCGGCCGACGAGAUGGAGGCCUGGCAGGCCUACUGGGAUGAAGAUGAAACAGAAGAUGAUGGAGACGAUGAUGAUGAUGGUGUCCCCGCGUUGCCAAAUCCGGAGCAUCGCCGCAGAAGGGCCGCUGAAGGUGCCUCCGACGUGGCCGUCAUCCGUGAGUUUGCCGGGCGCAACGUGAGCAAGGUGAAGAUCUUCGGCAAGGAGGCCGUGAAGGGCUUCAAGGCGGCCGUGGAGGGCGUCAAGGAAGCGUUCAAGAAAAACUAAGAUGGUGUGGCGGGAUCUCCACCCUGAGAUUUUCUUGAAUGACCAUUGUUUGUGUUUGUGUUCUUAAACGAUUUUGUUUACCACAAGUAUUUAUGCGGGGUUGUUUUGCAUCCUGUUUUUGUUAGGCGAUUGUUUGGCUAAUUUUUUCAAUUUGUUUUUUGGCAAGAAGGAUUGUGAAGUUCACAACUAUCAAAAUAUGGCAAAUGUUCUUUUGUUGAGGGCCACACUGUGAAACGAAAGAAAACUGUUUCCUUCAAAACGUCGUCUGUAAGUUGAGUAUGAUUUCCAUAGACUGGAAUUUUACCUCCCUACUCUUACUGUAUCACGUGAUUUCCAAGCUUAUUCUGGCUAGCAACAGCCAGCACUGGAAUGGUCGGGUGUCUCAUGUGCCUUGCCAGCCCAUUGGGAGCCUUGUCUUGUUACGGACUCCUUUUACGAAAGUGAAGACACGUCUGACGUAAAAUCACUUGAUACAGCAUUUUAGUCUGAAAUUGAAGUUAAGUGGUAAACAUCCAAACUGGUCACAACACGUUUAAUCAUUCGACUUUAACUCGACGGUUAGUGGCGAAGCUUGAAAGGUCAAACAUACAAAGGUCAAAUGCAAAUAAUGGGCCAACGCAGAAUCCUUCACCUUUCCAGUCGGAAAUUUACUGUAUACUGUAAUUUGACAACCAGAAUUAGAUGUCAUCACUGCGGUGGCACAAUUCACGCGCGCUCGUGGACAGGUGGUACGCUCGCGUUACAUGCUUCUGCGACCUAUCCAGUUCGUAAUGUGAAGUCACGUCAGUUUAAACCACGCCCACUACACACGUUCACUACACAUAGGGUUACAUGCAUUGAUCGCCGUUAACAUGGAACCA